UAUAUACUAGCUCAUCAUGUUCGUUGAACAGUUCAUUCUUUCUUUGUAUUUUCCAAUCGUAAGAUCAUUACCCUGUCUUUCUUAACCCGAACUACACAAACGGCUAUUUGCUGAUAGUUUGCAGUUACAAACCUUUUUCAGGUUAUAAAAUAUGAAAACUUACUUAAUUGUAUUCAUCAUUGCUGUCGUAUCAGCACAGCGACGACUUGCGUUGCCAGAUCCUCGAAGUUGUGCAAAUCGUGUGCGUCAUGCUUCGUACAGAGAUGCAAGAGGUGUUGCGCAUUCUUACUUCUUCAGCUGGGAGCAUGCACCCACAAGAAAUUUAGAAGUGGAUUGGUUAGAUGCUCGUAACAUAUGCCGUAGACAUUGCAUGGAUGCUGUAUCUCUUGAAACACCUCAAGAAAACGAAUUUAUUAAACAACGAAUUUCCAGAGGUAAUGUUCGUUACAUUUGGACUUCAGGUCGAAAAUGUAAUUUCCAAGGAUGUGAUAGACCAGACUUACAACCACAAAAUGUAAACGGUUGGUUUUGGUCCGGUUCUGGAGCAAAAAUUGGAGCAACAACGCAAAGAAAUACCGGAGAUUGGAGUCAUACUGGUGGAUAUGGUCAGCAACAACCUGAUAAUCGUGAAGCUGCUCAGGGUAAUGAUGAAUCAUGCUUAUCAAUAUUAAAUAAUUUCUACAACGAUGGCCUCAAAUGGCAUGAUGUGGCCUGUCAUCACGUGAAACCUUUCGUUUGUGAAGAUAGUGAAGAGCUUUUAAAUUUCGUUGCAUCUAGAAAUCCUGGAAUUCGUUUAUAGAUGUCGAAAAUUACAAUCUUAUGAAAAUUUGUAAUGUGUAUAUGCUAAGAAAAUACUGUAAUUGAAAAGAAAAAUAAUUUUAACAAAUUCAAGUUAAUCUUCGUUAAGCACUGUCUUCAAGAAUUCGAACAAUUCGAAAUUAAUUACCUGAAAUAUAUUAAAUUGUUUAAUGGAGUAACCAAGAAAAGAAAACAACUCUUAUUCCAAGUUAAUUCUGAUGUAGAAACCACAUCCAAUUUUAUUUGUUAUUCAAUAUGCAUUUAGGGGCUUUUGAUGAUGAAAAUCCCUUAUUUACAUAUUUUUUUAUUUAUAUGUAUGAAGAAUAUUGUAGAUUGUCAAUUAAACUUCAUUAAAACAAA